AUGGAGCCCGGCGAAAACACGCGCCCGGUAUCGCAGCUCAUUGCUGGCUUUGCCUCUCCUUCAACCCCAACAGGCCCGUCAGGCUCAAGAAGAAGUGCUUACGGACAAAGCACUAUAGGGCAAAGCUAUAUGGGCCAAUCCGUUCGCUCUGUUCAUCCUCCACCUCCACCUCCACCAGCACAUGAUGUGGAAAAAGAUGAAUUGCGCGUGCAAGUGAGCACUCUUCGAUAUGAGUUGGAAAAUAUCAAACAGGAGCGAGAUCUACAAACCCUUCGAUUCGAGAAGGAGACUCGGGACCUGCAGUUAAAGGCAGAUGCUGAUUUUAAGAGGGCACAGGCUGCUGAGACCGCAAGCAAUCGUGCUACCCAUAAAACCGAGGCCUUGGCGAAAGAACUGAAGGACACCCAAGAACAGGCCCUGAACGAGAAAGCCAGCUUGGAGCGGAAGGCUAGAAAUCUUCAAGAUGAAAAUCAAAUGAUCCAGGAAGAACUCGCCGAAACCCAAGCCCAAGCUUCCGAUCACGAACGUCAGUUCAAAUACCAGAUCAGCGAGUUAGAAACGGUCCGCGUUUCCCUUCAGAAAACAAUUGAGGAACUCCAAAAUGAUCUCGUUGAGGCCCGCGCUGCCCAGCAAGCAACCCAGGAGAAAUUAUCCCAACGAGAAGCCGAAGUCGCCGAUCUCGAGUCCGACAAUAUCCGUUUGAAGGCAGAAGGGAGCGACGGGGAGGAACUUCUUGUUCUCAAGCGAGAGCUUACUGAACAAGUCACCCACCUGCGCGAAUUGGAGACGACAAACCGGGACCAAGUGGCAGAGCUACAACACCUACGAAAAGUUCAAAAGAAUGUGCAGGUCGUUGAAGAGCAGAAAAGAUCACUCGAAAAUCAGCUGCAGCUCAUGAAGGGCGUCGAGGCGGAGUUUGAAACCCUGCAGAUUCAAAAGCAGAUCUUAGAGGAUGAACGUCAGUCAUGGGCCAGUCUUCUUGAGGAAAAUGACCAGCCUGCAGAGUUCGACUCCCCAGAGGCGAUUGUCAAAGCCCUGGUUCAGGAGCGAAUUGAAAAAGCGAGCUUUAUUGACCGCCUUGGUGCUGUUGACGCUCAGUUCCUGGAGAAAGAUGAAGCGAUCAAGACCUUGGAGGAUGAGAAACUGAAACUCAAGCAAGAGCUGGAGACAGCUCGCGCGACCGCAAGCACCUCUGUAGGUGCACCCGCGGCAGCAGAUGCUCGGGCUCGUGCUCGCUUAGAGCGACAGCGCGUUCUCGCAGUGAAGGAGGUUGAGUAUCUACGUGCACAGCUCAAGACCUUCGACGAAGAAGAAACGACCAUGAAUGCCGAGCAGAGCCAGUUCGAUGAACAGAAGGCUGCUCAAAUCGCCCAAUUACAGCAAUUGGUUGACGAAUACCGGAGUGAGCUCCAUAAGGUCCACGAAGAGCUUUCUCAGCGAGAAGCGCCACCUCGGGAAGAGCCACAAUCCCGGGGUACCAAGCGUCCACUAUCACCAGCGGAUAGUACCGCUGAAAGUGAGCGCCUUUCUGUGCUUACACGGAAGAAUCGCAAACUGCAAGAAGCGCUUUCCAAAUCCGAGCAGGCCACGACUCUUGCCAAGAAAGAGUUGGAUGCUGCCAAAUCCCAGUUAAGAUCACUCAAAGCCAAGUCUCGCACUCGGGUUCUGGAACUACGAGACAAUCCCACUGCGGAAGCAGAGAAGAUAAAAAUGACGACUCUGAAGACUCUUCAAGCAGAGAAUCGGGAUCUUCUUGCCCAGCUACGCGGUAAUCAUGCCGGGGUCAAGGUUGCUCCCGUUAGCACACUUGAGGCUCUGAAGCUUGAAAUCCAGGAAAUGGAGCGCGUUGUUGCAGACAAGGAGAAACGCAAUCGUCGCUUAAGGGAGAUUUACUCUGCCAAGGCCACUGAGUUCAGAGAAGCCGUUGCAUCUCUCCUAGGCUAUAAGCUUGAUAUUCUGCCCAAUGGUCGAGUGCGUGUUACAUCCAUGUUCCACCUUUCUCCGGAAUACCGACAUGGUGACCCCAAUGCGUCCUCCGACUCUAGUGGGCCAGGAAGUAUGGGCAACGGCGAAGAGAACUCUAUUCUAUUUGAUGGUGAGAAUGGUUCAAUGAAGCUAUCGGGUGGAAACAAUAGUCUCUUCGCAAUGGAGAUCAAACCUUUGUUGAAGUUUUGGGUGCAAGAGAGAAAAGAUAUCCCUUGUUUCCUUGCGGCUAUGACUCUGGAUUUCUACGAUAAGACUACCCGUGCUACGAGGGUUUGA